AUGGCCCAGCGUCGUCGGCAAGCCCGUCUACCUACCUCAAUUCCGCAUCGCUCUCGUCCGAACCCCAAACCUCACCCCCGAUAUGCUCAAUUCCGCGUUCCCCUCAACUUCAACAAGUUCGAUCUCCGCAGCUACCUAUGGCACUUGUACGGAGUCGGAACUCUCAGCAUCCGCAGUUACGUCCAGGCACAACCAAUCACACGAGUCUCGCGCGAUAACAAGGGUUUCGGCCCGUGGCGUCGACCUAAGUCGCAGAAGCGCAUGACCGUUGAAUUGAAGGAGCCCUUCGUCUACCCUACGCAACCGAAGGAUCUGACCCCAUGGGAGCAUGAAAGCUGGGCAAAGGCCGAGAAGUGGCAGAUCGACAUGCAAGAAAAGGAGAACCCCAAGCCGAACAAGGGUGAAAAGCCCGAUCAAGAGUUGCGCGAUGCCUACAAAGAGCAGGCUAAGGCGCUGCUCGAGAAGAAGGAGACUUGGAGACCUACCUGGCAGGCUUUGGGCUUGGAGCCACACCAAGCCGCUAAGAAUGGCGGCUUCAUUCCUUCCUCUACGCUGCCAGCUUGGUAUUCUAAGCAUCGGAAGCACGGAGCGCGGUAA